GAAAACAUGAAAUUUCUUUUCCACAGCGACAUGUAAAAGUGAUAGAUAGAAGCAAUAAAGUGCACAAGCCUAUAUAUUUCGUGGCAUUUUGGAGCUUCAAAGGCUGAUUUUCUCUCGUCCCCCGUCGAUGCAGAACAUCAACAUUCAGAGUCUGGUGGUUCUCACUUGUAGUUACUAGCGACAUAUCGUUCCUUGAAUCUUCCUACUCUCAAUCAUGAAGCGAAAGAGGUUGGGAAAGGUGAAGACCAACAAGGUCUCACUCAAGGAUAUCCAGGAAAAGCGACAAAAACAGGCGGAAAAGGUACUUACACUUAGUAGAUAGAAAUUUUGUUGCUGAUAUGUUUACUUACACAAAGAGCAUGAUCGCCAUUGUCGUGCAAGGAAGAGAAACUGAAUUCAUCCGUCAAACUUUCAUUCUGACAUGAAGAAGGAUAUAUAAUAAAAUAGGUUUUGAAAGACAACAAAAUUUUUAAUUCGCGCUACACCCACAGGAGCUCAAGAAGACGGCAAAGCAGAUCGAGGAAGCGAGAGCGGAGUGCGCAGUCCAAAAGCGACGGAAGCAGAACGCCCCGGCGCCAAUAGCGAAGAGGAAAAAUCUUGGGUACGAUUCCGUGUCAGCGGGCGCGCGCGUGGAGUUUGAGAAGAACAAGCGCGAAAGAAAACUGCAAAGGAAAUUGGAACGGAAAAAGAAAAAGGAAAAUGUUCAGACGGGCGGGGCGGUUGAAGAUGAUGAACAGAAGACCGAGAAAACGAAACAAACAGAAAAAAAGCGAAAGCGUCAAGAACAAUUUGACACGGAACGCGAAACUUUUGGUGACGUUGACGAUCUGCUUGAAAACUAUAGUAGUAGUGGCACCACAUCUUCGGCAUUUGCGUCGCUUCUGAAAGAUGUGAUUCAAUGAUGAAUACGCAAUAAGUAAGUUUGGUGCAGCAUUGAAAUUGACCUGUGGAACGAAGCAACCUAUGAAUGACCCAUCAAGCACGUCUUCAGGUGCGGAUAAUUUUACUCUGCACCAUAAUAUUGAUGCGC